AUGGCUUCAGUCGUGAUGAAAGCUGUGGCGGGAGGUGGAAUAGGAGAUGCAGCCCACCAAGUGGUAGGCGUGGCCCAAGCAGCUGGCCAGAUCAUGGACAUCGUUCGCGACGAGACCACAAAAGCAAACGAGGCAGCUCGAACAGCGGACAACGAGUUUAACAUCCGCAAGAACUUUCUCGACAAUACCGUCAAUGCGAUCAAAGAGGCCACCCUUGGACAGUACAGCAUCGUUAUAUGUACUGAUCAAUCCGAUGAUGAUUUUCAGGAGCUAGCUGGCCAGGUCCUUCCUAUGGAUUUAGUGGAUGUGGAAGUCGGGGAUGGCAAGACCGUCAACUUCCAAGUUUAUGUUUUCGAUACUGGGAAGUAUUUGCGUCAUGGGAGAUGGGAGAGGGACGCGUGGUGGUACUAUGGCCAGAGCGAGGUGUCAUAUGACGUGGCGAUGCAUGUUCGCUUCGACCAUGCUCAGCCGAAACUGAAUCCUGAAGAGGCUGAUCAGCAACAGGAGGCUCAAGCUGGAGAAGCUGAGAUGGCCGAAGCUGUAAAUUCUGCAUCUGGGGGAGGUGGGAAUGAGGAAGAAGAAGGAGGAGACGAGGCUCAAGUUCAGGAGAGCGCAGCGACUGGAGGCGGUGCUGGCGGCAGGGAUACUAACUCUCAGCCCGAAGAAAACCAGCCCGACGACGCCCAGCCUGAUGAGACUCAGGCCGCAGAGCAGGGAGCUGAGGGGCAGGUCGAGGGGGAUGGGGAGCAAGAGGAGCAAGAAGAAUAA